AUGGUUGGAAUUGGUCCUAAGCAGCCUCCUUCCCGCAAGGGUUCCAUGCACGAUCUGCCUCAGAAUCUGUUGCAGCAGAUCAAGGAUUUCGAAGAUGCCUUUACCGUGGACCGUGCUAAGCUGAAGGAGAUUGUUAACCACUUCGUCAAGGAGUUGGAGAAGGGUCUGACCGUUGAGGGCGGCAACAUUCCGAUGAACGUUACCUGGGUCCUUGGCUUCCCCGAUGGAGACGAGCAAGGUACCUUCCUGGCCCUCGACAUGGGUGGCACCAACCUGCGUGUUUGCGAGAUCACCUUGACCGAUAAGAAGGGCGCUUUCGACAUCACCCAAUCCAAGUAUAAGAUGCCCGAGGAGCUCCGCACUGGUACCGCCGAGGAGCUGUGGGAAUACAUUGCCGAUUGUCUGCAGCAAUUCAUCGAGCACCAUCACGAGAACGAGGAUCUCGCCAAGUUGCCCCUGGGCUUCACCUUCUCCUACCCUGCCACUCAAGAGUAUAUCGACCACGGUAUUCUGCAGCGCUGGACCAAGGGCUUCGACAUUGACGGUGUCGAGGGCCAGGACGUCGUUCCUCCUCUGGAGAACAUCCUGAAGAAGCGCGGCCUCCCCAUUAAAGUCGCAGCCCUGAUCAACGACACCACCGGCACAAUGAUCGCCUCCGCAUACACGGACCCCGAAAUGAAGAUCGGCUGUAUUUUCGGAACCGGCGUAAACGCCGCCUACAUGGAAGACGUCGGCUCCGUCCCCAAGCUCGCCCACAUGAACCUACCCCCCGACAUGCCCGUCGCCAUCAACUGCGAAUACGGUGCCUUUGACAACGAGCGCGUCAUGACCGCAGGCCUCUACCUCGGCGAAAUCUUCCGCCUGGCCCUAAUCGACCUCAUCGACUCGCACAAAGACCUCAUCUUCAAGGGCCAGGAUACUUCCAAGCUCCGCAAGCCCUACCUCCUUGACGCCUCCUUCCUCGCCGCCAUCGAAGAAGACCCCUACGAGAACCUCUCCGAGACAGCAGACAUCUUCGACCGCGAACUCGGCAUCCGUCCUACCGACUGUGAACUCGAGAUGCUCCGCCGUCUGGCCGAGUUGAUCGGUACCCGCGCCGCGCGUCUCUCCGCCUGCGGUGUCGCCGCCAUCUGCACAAAGAAGAACAUCGAGUCCUGCCACGUUGGUGCCGACGGCUCAGUGUUCACCAAGUACCCCCACUUCAAGGCUCGCGGUGCGCAGGCCCUACGUGAAAUCCUGGACUGGGCGCCUAAUGAGAAGGACAAGGUGUCUAUCAUGGCCGCUGAGGAUGGAUCGGGUGUUGGUGCGGCUUUGAUUGCGGCUCUGACGCUCAAGCGCGUUAAGGCGGGUAACUUGGCUGGUAUUCGUAACAUGGAUGAUAUGAGGACUUUGCUUUGA